GACAGCAUAGAUAAGGUCACCGCUCUCUUCGGGACCCGGUGAUGAAGAUCCGUGUAGUCCAAAUUUGGGGCUUCUUGAUGACGGUGCUGGGCUGGAUUUUUGUGGCCUGCACCAUGGCCAUGGAGGGCUGGAAGAUCACUUCCAUAGGUGGCAUGGGUGGCUCCUCCAUCAUCAAGGUGGCCUGGUACUGGUCCAGCCUGUGGAGGGCCUGUUUUACAGACUCGACCGCUGUCACCAACUGUUAUGACUUUCCUGUUCUCUGGUCUGUGGAGGGCCACAUCCAGAUCGUCCGAGGCCUGCUGAUGAGCGCUCUGUCUGUGGGCAUGCUGGGGUUUGUGCUCAGUCUGAUGGGCAUGGAGUGCACCUUCAUCGGUGGUAAAGACAGGCCAAAGUACAGGAAGAUUUACGCCGGGGGAUGGUGUCACAUCAUCAGCGGUUUGCUGUCCACAUCUGGGUAUGCUGUUUAUGCUCAGUAUGUGUCAGGAGAAUACUUCAACCCCAACUUUGAAGGACUGACAUUUGACCUUGGCACCCCUCUGUUCUUGGGCUGGGUGGGCUCUGCCUUUCACUUGACCGGCGGCUGCUUCUACAUUUGGUCGGUGUGUAAGCCGCUCUGUGGAGGAGAGAGCACGACAAUUGUCAUCCCCGCUGUCCCUGAGACAGAGAAGCCCACCACAGCCUUAUCCACAGUGUCUGAGAUCACCUCCAAGACCAAAGUGUCAUCCAUCUCUGAGCUGUCAUCCAAGUCUGCACCCUCCGAUGUGUCUGGCAUCUCCUCCAGGUCUGAACGCUCGUCCAGAUCCGGACGCUCAUCCAAAUCGGAGCGAUCAUCGAGGUCAGGGCGGACCUCGAAGUCUGAUCUGUCCGCAGGGUCAGGGUCAAGAUUGGGAUCGAGGUCAGGGUUGGGGUCAGGUUCGGAGUCCGGACGGUCCUCAAGGUCAAGCGGGUCAAGUCGCUCUGAGUCCCGGAGCAGCAGCAGCAGCAGUCGGACAGUAUCCUCUCUGUCUAGCAGGGCAAGGAGUGAGAGAGAGCCAUUCAUCAAAAACUCCUACAUUUGAAUGAAUGUAAACAGAUGCUUCUGGCGACAAACACUAAUGCAUGCGAUUCAUCAAAGCGUUGAUGC